AUAUGGUUUUGGUUUAGAGUUCCUCACAAAUACGCUAAAACCAAAGUUCCUUCUUUCUCUCUGUAUUUCUCAUGCCUGCUCAGCGGAACAAAACCAUGGCCUCAGCUCUCAUGCUAGCUGCUCUUCUUGCGUUGUGUUUUGGCCCCUGCUCAGCUGAGCUUCAGCGAUUUCAACAUGCAGCCAAAGCCGAUGGAUCGCUUAACAUUUUGGUUGUCGGAGACUGGGGAAGGAGAGGACUCUACAACCAAACGAAAGUCGCUCACCAGAUGGGAAUAAUUGGAGAGAAGCUGGACAUUGAUUUUGUAAUCUCAACUGGAGAUAAUUUCUAUGAAAAUGGAUUAACUGGUGUGGAUGAUGAUGCAUUUUUUGACUCAUUUGUUAACAUAUACACUUCUCCAAGCCUCCACAAACCCUGGUACACGGUUUUGGGAAAUCAUGAUUAUCGGGGUGAUGUUGAGGCUCAAUUGAGUCCUAUCCUCAAAGAAAUAGACAGCAGAUGGAUUUGCUAUAGAUCUUUUAUUGUUAAUUCCGAAAUUGUAGAAACAUUCUUUGUGGAUACCACUCCUUUUGUUGAUAAAUACUUCACAGAGACAGAGGGUGAGACUUACGAUUGGAGGGGCAUUGAACCCAGAAAGCAAUACCUCUCAAAUCUCCUACAGGAUGUAGAGUCAGCACUAAAAAAAUCAACAGCCAAGUGGAAGAUAGUAGUAGGUCAUCACACAAUCAAAAGUGUAGGCCAUCAUGGUAUCACUCAAGAGCUUGUUCUGCAACUUCUUCCCAUACUUGAGGCAAAUGAUGUCGAUCUUUACAUCAAUGGUCAUGACCAUUGCUUGGAACACAUCAGCAGCACUGACAGCGGAAUUGAAUUUUUAACAAGUGGAGGAGGAUCGAAGGCAUGGAGAGGUGAUGUAAAAUGGUGGAAUCCACAGGAAAUGAAAUUCUAUUACGAUGGACAAGGGUUCGUGUCAGUCCAAAUUACAGAAACACAGAUUGAUGUAAUUUUCUAUGAUAUUUUUGGCAAUGUCUUGCACAAAUGGUCCACUACCAAAAUCCUUGACUCUUCUGUUUAGAUAUCUAAUUACCUGCUGAUUGUAUAAUUAUCUGAACUUGUCAAUGUAAUGUAAUGUAAUGGGUAUGUUGUACUAAUUGUAUUAGUUGUAUUUUUAUAGUUGAAACUAUAAAAUCCAUUGUGACCUUUUUAA